AUGCACUGCUGCUCAGUCACUGGCCUUACACAACAAAGUAGGGCAGAUGCGCCCCGGUUCGGUUCGUGCUGCCGCUCGUGUCCUUCUUGCCCCCCAGGAUGAGCGGCAUGCGCACCGUGCUCGCGUCCACGGCGUUGGUCGCCGCUCUGGGGCUCGGUUACGGGACGUGGUCGAUUAUCUCUCCGGGGGAGGAGCGGCGUAAAGAGAUGCUGAAGAACCUGCCGGAGUCCAACCCUCAGAGGAUGGAGGAGACAAGGCUGCGGAACGCCAUGGUGAUGCAGGUUCUGAAGGAGGCUGCCGAGACCGACCACAAUCUCGCCCGGAGCUCCGGACCCGGGAAGUAGACGGAGCCGCUUGAUUGCAAACUGGCUCGUGCGCUCCGCCGCGUGCUCAUAUGCGACGAGCGCGCGUUUUCGUGCGUGGCUGUGUUUCUCUGAAGUAAAUUAAACGUGUUUGCCUUCUUACCCCCG